AUGAGGCCUUCAGCGUCCCUAUCCCUUGCCUUCUCUCUUCUUGGACUCCUUCCCUAUGUAUCAGCUCAUGGUUACGUCCAAGAAGUGACGCUCGGAGAGACAAAAUACACUGGCUAUCUCCCCUACGCUGACCCAUACAUCGUCCCUGCGCCCCAACGAAUCAUUCGAAAAGUGCCCUGGAACGGUCCCGUCACCAACUUGUCACUGAUCGACAUCCAAUGCAACGGCUACACUGCCGGUAGGAUCGCGACCGAGCCCGCUCCCCUUGUCGGUAAGGUGGCCGCAGGGGAAACUGUCAAGUUCCAGUGGACUUCAUGGCCCUCUAACCACUAUGGCCCUGUUUCAACGUACAUGGCGAGAGUUCCAGAUGGCGUUGAUGUCACUCAGUGGAAUCCGGGCACAGAGGCCGUGUGGUUCAAGAUUCACCACGAGGGAAGGACCUCCGACGGCAAAUGGGCGUCUGUGGAAGUCCUGAACGAGAACGGUGGCGCAGCGUUUGCCCGAAUUCCACCCAAAUUGCGACCCGGGCAGUACAUCAUCAGACAUGAAAUCAUUGCGCUCCACUUUGCAACGCUAAGACAGCACCCAGCUUUCGAAUACCCCGGUGCACAGGUUUAUCCCAGCUGCGUCCAGGUGGAAGUCUCAGGAGAAGGUGAUGCUUUCCCAACCGAGUUCGUUUCUUUCCCCGGGGCCUAUACCGCGAACACUCCGGGUAUUGUCUUUGACCUUUACAACGGUCCCACCGAGUAUCCCAUCCCCGGUCCUCCAGUAUGGACCGGUGGCGACGAGUAG